AUGGGAAGACCUCCUUGUUGUGACAAGUCCAAUGUCAAGAAAGGUCUCUGGACCGAGGAAGAAGACGCUAAGAUCCUUGCUUAUGUUGCUAUCCAUGGUGUAGGAAACUGGAGCUUGAUCCCCAAAAAAGCAGGUCUGAAUCGAUGUGGAAAGAGCUGUAGACUAAGAUGGACUAAUUACUUAAGACCUGACCUUAAACAUGACAGCUUCUCUACCCAAGAAGAAGAGCUUAUCAUUGAGUGUCAUAGAGCCAUUGGCAGCAGGUGGUCUUCCAUUGCACGAAAGCUUCCAGGAAGAACGGAUAAUGAUGUGAAGAAUCACUGGAACACAAAGCUGAAGAAGAAGCUGAUGAAAAUGGGGAUAGACCCGGUGACUCAUAAACCGGUUUCUCAACUCCUUGCAGAAUUCAGAAACAUUAGCGGCCAUGGAAAUGCAUCCUUCAAAACAGAACCAUCUAACAACUCUAUACUCACACAAUCCAACUCAGCUUGGGAAAUGAUGAGAAACACAACAACAAACCAUGAGAGUUAUUACACCAACUCUCCAAUGAUGUUUACAAAUUCCUCUGAGUACCAAACUACUCCAUUUCAUUUCUAUAGCCAUCCAAAUCAUCUGCUCAAUGGAACCACAUCUUCAUGCUCUUCCUCAUCAUCUUCUACUAGUAUCACUCAGCCAAACCAAGUACCUCAAACACCGGUUACUAACUUCUACUGGAGCGAUUUCCUUCUCUCGGACCCGGUUCCUCAAGUAGUGGGAUCCUCAGCUACUAGCGACCUCACUUUUACGCAGAACGAACAUCAUUUCAACAUCGAAGCCGAAUACAUCUCUCAAAACAUCGAUUCAAAGGCCUCGGGAACAUGUCAUUCCGCGAGUUCCUUCGUUGACGAAAUACUAGAUAAAGACCAAGAGAUGUUGUCACAGUUUCCUCAACUCUUGAAUGAUUUCGAUUAUUAGAUCCCUUCUUUUCCCUAUUGUUGUUACUUCUCUUGUAACUGGUUUAUGAUUUUCAAGAACUAUGUUUUUUC